AUGGCUUCCGAUACUGUGAAAACGAGCAACAUUCUGGAACCUCCUCCUAACAAUCUUAGUGAUACCUACAGAGGUCCACGGCACGAUGGCGAGUAUAGACGUCUUGUUUCUCAACAUGACAUGUUCAAAGAAAUCAUGCAUGGUAAACUGGUUCUAGCGCCCAUCAACCUUUCAAUUCCCCGUCUCCGCGUUUUAGAUUCGGCAACAGCAGAUGGAUACUGGCUUGUAGAUUUAUCCCAUUCUACUCAUCCAUCAGCGGUCCUAUGCGGUUCAGAUAUUGCACCACAGCACUUCAAAGAAAACUUACCGAAAAAUGUCAAUCUUUUUACGCAUAAUAUGUUCGACACAUGGCCAGAGGAUUGCCAGGACUCCUUCGACUUGGUACAUCAACGAUUUGUUCUUCCCGUCUGUUCGGAUGAGUCGAGCCUCGACGUAAUUGGAAAACUCCAUAGUUGUGUCAAACCAGGAGGCUGGAUUCAGUUACACGAUGCAGAUUUCGAUACGAUACAGGAAGGGCUGGGACAUGAAGCAAUGGAACUUUUCCGUGAUGUUAUGCGAAGAUCUUGGGCAAUUCUAGGGUACAACCUUUCACCAGGACCAAAGCUCGCAGGAUGGAUGGAAGUAGUGGGAGUUGAGAACUUGCAAGAAGUGGUCCUGGAAGUCUUGGUAGGUGCUGCUGCGGAGACCAAGGAAAUUGGCCAACGACCUAUUGAAGUUAUGCUGGCAGCUCUGGAAGGCGUGGAAGUCAAUCUUGGACCUAUAGGACGCAUGUGGUCUGGGGGCGGAGAGCUCUCGCGAACUGAGAGGUGA